AUGGAGCUCGAGGAGGGGGACGAGCUGGCCCGGCUCCGCUCCCUCUUCGUGGCCUGCGACGUGCGGGGCUCGGGGCGCAUCGAGCGGGCGGAGUUCGGCUCGCUGUGCGCCGAGCUGCGGGUGAGUCCGGCCGAGGCCGAGGCGAUCUUCCGGCGGCUCGACACGGACCGCGACGGGGCCAUCACCUUCCAGGAGUUCGCCCGCGGCUUCCGCGGGGCCAGCCAGCGGCCGCCGGGGCAGGACGAGGAGGAGGCGUGGGGCGCGGCGGGGCCGAACCAGCCCUGGCGGGAUUUCGAGCUGCGGCUCGGGAGCGAGGCCAGAUACAUCCCCAGGCAAGAGCAGGCCAGUGUUUUGUAUGCGAACAUCAGCUUAGUGGAACCAAGAUUAAUUCAGCCUUAUGAACAUGUUGUUAAAAACUUCAUCCAAGAGAUCAAACUUCAAAGCAUGGAGAUGGAAAGCUUGGCCAUAGCUGUAAAAAGAGCUCAGGAUAAAGCAGCAAUACAACUCAGUGAGAUGGAGGAGGAGAUGGAUCAGCGGAUACAGGCUGCAGAACACAAAGUCAAGAAGGAAGAGAAGCGGAAAGCUGAAGAGGCAUUAAAUGAUCUCAAGCGUCAGUAUGAGAAUGAAGUUGGUGAACUUCAGGUGACAAUAAAAAAACUUAAAAAGCUGGAAGAACAGUCCAAGAACAUAAAUCACAGAGAAGAUUUGGCUGAAUUAAAAAAAAGAAUACAUGAAUUGUCGUGGGAAAAUCAGAAACUUAAAAAAGAUCUUUUAGAAGCACAGACAAGUAUAGCUUUUCUUCAGAGUGAAUUAGAUACUUUGAAAAGUGAUUAUGCAGAUCAAAGUUUGAGCUCAGAAAGAGACCUGGAAAUGGUCCGAGAAUACACUGAAGACAGAGAGAGCCUGGAAAGACAAAUUGAAAUACUUCAAUCAGCUAACAGAAAACUACAUGACAGCAAUGAUGGUUUAAGGAGUGCACUAGAAAACAGUUUAAGCAAAUGCAACAGAUCACCGCGUCUAACAAACAUCUCCCCGGGAAAUACAAUUACUAGAAGCAGCCCCAAAUAUAAUGGUGGCCAGUCUCCUCAAAAUCCACGAUAUGACAGAUCAUCUCGUUCUUCCUUUGUGGAUGAAGAUGAGUGUUUAGCCCUUUGUGACCCUCUGCAAAGCAUAAACUGUGAUGCUGAUAGCUUGUCUGAAAGCUGCUUUGACAGUGGUUUGUCUACCUUGAGAGACUCAAACGAAUAUGAUUCAGAAGUGGAAUGGAGACAUCAAAGAAGCUUUCAAAGGCCACACUGUAUGCAGGACAGUUCUGGUGGUGAUGCUUCUGAUACAGAUGUUCCGGAGAUCAGGGAUGAAGAGGCUUAUAGCCCUGACAACAGCAGUACAGCAGAAGACUGGAAAUCCUCCCAACCAGUCAGUCGAAGCAGCUCUAGUGCUUCAACAAGGAGGUGUCUCCCUGCCCUCUCGCCACAGACAGACACAAUAGACUGUAACCUGAAGUACCCUAAUUCAGAGAAGGCUUACAAGAUCGUUCUUGCUGGAGAUGCAGCAGUAGGGAAAUCCAGUUUCCUUAUGAGACUUUGCAAGAAUGAAUUUCGAGGAAACACCAGUGCAACUCUGGGAGUUGAUUUUCAAAUGAAAAGGCUUGUUGUUGAUGGAGAACCUACAGUGCUCCAGUUAUGGGACACAGCAGGACAGGAGAGAUUUCGAAGUAUUGCCAAGUCGUAUUUUAGAAGAGCAGAUGGUGUGUUACUGUUGUAUGAUGUGACGUGUGAAAAGAGUUUUCUUAAUGUACGAGAAUGGGUGGAUAUGAUUGAGGAUGCAACUCACGAGAAUAUUCCAAUCAUGAUGGUGGGUAACAAGGCAGAUCUUCGCCAAACAGUUUCAGAACAAGGACAAAAAUGUGUAUCAAUCAACUAUGGAGAAAAAUUGGCCAUGACUUAUAAUGCACUCUUUUGUGAAACAAGUGCUAAAGAUGGAUCUAAUAUUGUAGAAGCAGUUCUUCAUCUUGCUCGUGAAGUGCGAAAAAGAAGUGACAAUGAAGACACAGGGUCCGUAACCAACCUGGCUGAGCCAACUGUCAAAAAAUCGACACUAAUGAAGAACUGCUGUAAUAUAUAAUUAACAAAUUCCCUUUCUGCCCUAAAUAAUUUUACUUUUGUAUUUUUAUCACUUUUAAAAAUGAAGGAUUUACAUGAAGUUGUUCUCCUUACUAUGGAUUUAUAUGUAUACAGUAGUUGCAAAACUUGAGAAAUUCAGAUCCUACUUUCUGCUGCUCUGCACUGGUGCACUUGCCAUGCCUCACAGGCUGUGGUUUGAUCUCACUUAUAUCAGUGUAUGUCAAUAAAAUAGAGAAAUUACAUUGGUUUAAAAAUGGGUCUGAGAUCAGAAUCAAGGCUUCUACUUUUGCCGGGAAUUUAUGAUCGUCAGUACAGUACUGUAUUUUCAUUUCAUUCAUCUAGACAUUUCCUUAAAAAGUGAAAGCGGUUUCACAAACUGAAGACACUAUAAUAAUUUAUUUUAAACCCAGGAUAUUCAGAGCCCAGGGGAAAUUCCAUCGUUACUUCAUCUAAUUUUGCCUAGGACCACAAAUGUAGGUCAAAUUAGACCUACAUAAAAUAUUUACAACAAACCACCCAGCCACUUGAAAGUUACCUAGGUUUGUCCAAGUUUGUCAAAAAGACUUGUCAAAUUUUUGAACUUUUCAAGUGAGCUAGCUGAGUUUUGAGCAUACCUCAGCAAAUAUAUGGUGUUACAUCUAUAAAGCAAAACUCACGUCUGAUCCCACACAGAUCAAACCUGGAGGAAAUACUUGCAUGAAUCCUGCAAAGCAAAAAGGCAAAUUAUAUACUGCUCUAACUGCAAGAGAGGUCACAGUAUCUGCAGGAUUUAGGAACACUAGGAUGAAUUAACGAUACAUUUCCUGCCUGUUUAUAAAUGAGACUGUUACUAUUAUUAUAGGGGAAUGUGAAUUGCCCCUUCCCUCUUGUUCUUCAAAUGUUUGCCAUUGAUAUAUAUGACAAUUUAGAGAGCUAAAGUGAUGGACUCUAAUAAUACAGAAGAGUCUGUAGUAAUCUGUUUUCUUAGUGAAUCUUUAGGCCUUAAACCACCUGUUAGCAGCUGUACGUACACAAGACUCCAUAUUAAAUUUUUAUUAAAGGAAUCAUUCAGCAUGACCACGAGCCACUUUCCAAAAAUCGGCAAUACUGUUCCCAUCAAGGUAAGGCCAAGGACUCUCAGCUCCACAUGAAGUCAGUGGGUGCUGCAGAUGCUCAAUCUCUCUGAAAUUCAAGAAAUUGGUUUUAUUGAGUUUUCUAAAAAUCUCAUAGUUUAGUACAUAUUUUAAACUCAAAGCCUAAAAUCAUUAAUGUAAAAAUGACACUAUUAUAGUAUAAUUAUUAAAGUAGGAGUACAAAAAAGCAUCACACCCUAGUGACUUUGUUUAGUCUUUUGUUCCGUUACUUAGGGCCAGUCCUGUAAAUAUUUAAGCAUGUCAGUGACACUUGCCUGCAGAUAGUCCCAUUAAAACCAAUUCAUGUUUAUAGGUAUUUGCAGGAUCAGGAGCUUGGGGCCCAAUCCUCCUCCUGUUAAAGUAAAUGGCACAGCUCCCACUGACUUCAAUGGGAGUACUGUUAGGACCCUUAAUGGCUGAGCAAACUAUUUCAGCCUUUUUUUUGUGUAUAUUAGAAACAGGUCUCAAGUUGCAACCAGCCUGCCUAGUGUCAGACUUAGGUGAAGUUUUAGGGUCUGACCUCAAACCUGUGAAAAAGUGGAUACUAGCUGUAGCAAUAUUAGAUAUUUUCUGAGCCACUACAUCUCAAGAGUAUAGACUGUGACUGAUAUUGUUAAUUUUUAUAAAAUAUGGACUUUCCUAGAGUAGUAUCACCUGGCAUUUUGUUUUGUUUUUUUAAAUGCUUUUUAGGUAUCCUUUUAAAGCUAUGUUUUCUCAGAGAUUUUAUCCUCAAGCAACUAAUCCUGAGCAUUUUCCAGCAAGGCAAAGAAACUAUAAUGCCAAAUAAAAUUGGCACAUCCAUUAUUUCUGUAUAUUUUGGCCUCAUAAAAGAAAAUGUACUUGGGACCAGAUCAUGACCCAUAAUAUCCAUGAGCUGAGGGGAACCUUUGGACACAGAUCUAUCUUAUCCCACAUGGGAGGGGUAAGGAGUCACCUACUUAUGCAGCACCAUCCUACCCCACCUGGCAGAAACAUCUCUGUGGCUCUUGGGUCUGUGCUGGGGGAGGUGAGAGGCUGGGAGAAGUGAGCAAGCUAGGCAUAUGGCCAUGGAAUAUAAGCAGAAAAGAUAGUGCAGCCAUUUUUCUACAAGGGCAGUCAUGACCGGGGGAGCUUGGCUUUGCUGUCAAGGAGAAGAUAUCAGUGCAGAUCACUGGGAAUCCAGGAUUUCUUCAGUGAGGGAUGAGGGUUAAUCCUCCCCCUCCACCUUCCAAAGGAGUGAGUUGAGUGGAGCUCCACAAGGGUUUCUGGAGAUUUCCUCCUCCAGAGCCCACUCCUGUGGAUGUUAUCAAGAGGGAACAUAAUCCAGUUUUUGGCUUCUAAAAGCCUAGGCUGACAAUAUAUAGGCUUUCAAAUUAUUAAUCUGUUUGAAAUUGACCUUCCCAGUAAGAAGCUAGAUUCAUAUUAACUCUUUAUUUCAAUUCAAGUUAUUGCUCAUUUAGUGCUGAUAACUUCUGCCCACUCUUACUGCCACUCCAGAAUUUUUCCCAAUAAUUGCUGUCUUUCCUGUUUAAAAAAAAAAUAGGCGAGAGAGAAGUCAGAACAAUCACAGGUUACCUUUCAUUUCAUUGACAAUGAAGGAGAAAUAAGCUAUCCUUGAAAAUUCUGCAGGAACAUUUUAAAGUAAUGAAACUGUGUCAUGCUAGUAUUCAAAAGAGAAAUACCUUCAGCAAUGAAGUGAGUAGAGUCCUAUGCCUGUACAGAGUACAGCUGAAGUCAGUAAUGUCAAUAGCCUGACCAUUUAGUUCUCUCUGUGGAAUUGGUGUCUUGGGCAGUUCUUGUUGAUUUUAAUGACCAGACGUGUGUUUAGGGAUUUUGCCAAUAUUUUAUCACUUGAAUCUAUUUUUUUAAACAAUGUGACUUUUGUUUUGCAUUUGUGUGGGCUAUAGCUAUAGCUGUGUGGGUUUCCACCUUGAAACAAUUUUUUUAAAAAUUAAAAAAAGUGUAAUGGUCAAAAUAGUAUCAGCCAGGUUUCAUCCUGGAAUGUGUUUUAUGGUCAACUUUUAUAAAUUCUUAGAAAAAGAAAUGAAAAUGCGGUGUCACUGGGCCAAAUUCUGUACUCAUUAUAGGCAAUAGAGUUGCAGAGUGCAGCUCUGGACAGAAUUUUGCUCACUGGCCAUAGCAGUGUGAAGAGCUCUUGUCAUAGUUACAUUUCAUAAGCCUCUUUUGCAAUUAGAGCAGUUUUUUAAGCCCUGAUGGGAUUCUGCUGACUCAGUGAGUGUCCACACAGGCUUCAUAAGGGUCUGUGCUACUGUAACCAAUUGUAGGAUUUGGACCUAUAUAUGUGUGUGUGUAUAUAUAUACACAC